GAGCAGGUAUAUAAGAGGCCCGGCGAGCGCCCGACCAGACUGCGAAUGCGACCUGCCCGAGACCACGCAUCAGGUGCCAGCAGCCUGCUGGGUCCCGCUGACUUGGCGCGGACCACUGCGGCCAGCCUGCCCUUCCCGCCCGACCCGCGGGCCCAGCGGCCCCCAAGCGCCCCUCCGACGGAGUCCCCGGGCCUUUUCACCGUGGCCGCUCCAGCGCCGGGAGCGCCUUCUCCUCCCGCCACCCUGGCGCACCUUCUUCCCGCCCCGGCCAUGUACAGCCUGCUGGAGACUGAACUCAAGAACCCAGUGGGGCCACCCACCCCAGCGGCAGGCGCGGGCGGCCCAGCAGCCCCGGGUGGCGCAGGCAAGAGUAGUGCGAACGCCGGCGGCGGCGCGAACGCAGGCGGCGGCAGCAGCGGGGGCGCGAGCGCCGGGGGCGGCGGUGGGGGCGGCGGCGGCGGCGGCGGCGGGGGCAGCGAUCAGGACCGCGUGAAGCGGCCCAUGAAUGCCUUCAUGGUGUGGUCCCGCGGGCAGCGGCGCAAGAUGGCCCUGGAGAACCCCAAGAUGCACAACUCCGAGAUCAGUAAGCGCUUGGGCGCCGACUGGAAACUGCUGACGGACGCCGAGAAGCGGCCGUUCAUCGACGAGGCCAAGCGGCUGCGCGCGGUGCAUAUGAAAGAGUACCCGGACUACAAGUACCGGCCGCGCCGCAAGACCAAGACGCUGCUCAAGAAGGACAAGUACUCCCUGCCCGGCGGCCUGCUGCCCCCCGGCGCCGCCGCCGCGGCCGCGGCCGCCGCCGCCGCCGCGGCCGCCAGCAGCCCGGUGGGCGUGGGCCAGCGCCUGGACACGUACACACACGUGAACGGCUGGGCCAACGGCGCGUACUCGCUGGUGCAGGAGCAGCUGGGCUACGCGCCGCCCGCGACCAUGAGCAGCCCGCCGCCGCCGCCCGCGCUGCCGCAGAUGCACCGCUACGACAUGGCCGGCCUGCAGUACAGCCCCAUGAUGCCGCCCGGCGCCCAGAGCUACAUGAACGCCGCGGCCGCCGCCGCCGCCGCCUCGGGCUACGGGAGCAUGGCGCCCUCCGCCGCCGCCGCCGCCGCCGCCGCCUACGGGCAGCAGCCCGCGGCCGCCGCCGCCGCCGCCGCCGCCGCCAUGAGCCUGGGCCCCAUGGGCACGGUGGUGAAGACGGAGCCCAGCUCGCCGCCCCCCGCCAUCGCGUCGCACUCGCAGCGAGCGUGCCUCGGCGACCUGCGCGACAUGAUCAGCAUGUACCUGCCGCCCGGCGGGGACGCGGCGGACGCCGCCUCGCCGCUGCCGGGCAGCCGCCUGCAUAGCGUGCACCAGCACUACCAGGGCGCCGGGACUGCCGUCAACGGCACGGUGCCGCUGACCCACAUCUGAGCGCCCGCCGGCGCUCGCCGCCCCUCCGCCCCACCCCGCCCCUGCACCCCCGAGUGGGGACGCCUUCUUUAGCUUUGCUUGCCUGGGAC